AUGGUUAAUGUUCAAUACGAGGAUCAACACGUCAACAAUCUUCCAUUGUAUGUUGUACGCAGUGACGGUCCCGCUCUGUUUGGGCGAGAUUGGUUGCAAUUCAUUCGCUUGAAUUGGGACGCAUUGUGUGUAAAUCGAGUCAAUAGUAUCCUAGAUAAUCACAAUGGCGACCAACUACCAGAAUUAAGCGAAAUUCUGGAAAAGCACAAGGACGCAUUCAAAUCCGAAUUGGGAAAAGCCAAGAACUUUAAAGUUGAACUGCGGGUGAAAUCGGAUGCGACCCCUAUAUUCUUUAAAGCAAGGCCUGUUCCCUAUGCUAUUCUUGAGGAUGUAAAGGAAUCUAUUCUCAAGGAGGAACGAGAAGGGAUUCUCGAGCGAGUCGAAUAUAGUGACUGGGCAGCCCCUAUUGUACCGGUUAGGAAACCAGACGGGUCAAUACGGGUUUGUGGUGAUUUCAAAGUGACUAUAAACAAGUACAUUGAGAAUCCUGAGCAUCCAAUGCCACACAUGGAUGAACUGUACCAGAAAUUGAAAGGAGGUGAGAAGUUUUCUAAACUAAAUCUCCCCAACGCAUAUAAACACAUUGAGGUCGAGGAUGAAUCCAGAAAAUAUCUCACCAUAAACACUCCACUAGGUUUAUUUCGUUGCACGCGCUUGGCAUUCGGGGUCAACUGUGCCCCUCAACUGUUCCAAUCAAUGAUGGACAAAGUGCUGUAG